GUUUUUCGCGAUUUUGCAGCAAAAAAUUUUCUGGGUCUGAUGGUUUUUGAUCUAAUCGAAUUGAAUUUCUACUUGAUUUCCGUUUUUCCUGUCUAUUUUAAUCGAAAUUUCAUCUUGGGUCGAAGAGCGAACAGCAAAAUUUCAUUUUGCGGAUGAUUAUUGGCUGAAUCCUGCUUAUUUCGAUUGUUAUGGAGCAAAGCUCUUGUAAAAAUCUUACCUUUCGACGACCCUUUUGCAUUGGAAGCUGGUUUCUUAUUGUGAUUGACUUAAUUAAUCGGUAUUACAUUGCACAUUUCGAAGAAAUUAUUUGCUGAUGGAUAUACCAAAAGAAGGUGAAGCUCGUGCUUGGGGGAUUCUUUCUGGAUCUAGCCACCAUCAUCACAUCUCCAGUGAUGCUAGUCUGUUCUCUAGCUCAUUACCUGUUCUUCCCCAUGAAAAAUUGCAAUUGAAUGAGAUCGGAGAUGGGUUCCCACUGGUGGAUGAUACUGCUGUUGGGUCUAACAAGUUUCAUGGAAGUGCCGAUGAUCCAUUGGCUGAUGUUGGAUCUCAUGCCAUUGGCAACCUGCUUCCCGAUGACGAAGAGGACCUUUUGGCAGGGAUAAUGGAUGAUUUAGACCUGAUCGAACUGCCCAAUACAUUGGAGGAUGUUGAUGAUUCUGAUCUUUUUGGUAGUGGGGGAGGAAUGGAAUUGGAAGCUGAUGCACUAGACUACUUGAACAUGGGUAUGCCUAAAAUAUCGAUAUCAAGGAGUCUCGGUGGAAAUGGGAUUCCACAUUACGGUAUUCAAAACGGUGUUGGAACAGUUGCUGGUGAGCAUCCAUAUGGUGAGCAUCCCUCGAGAACAUUGUUCGUCCGGAAUAUUAACAGCAAUGUCGAGGACUCCGAGCUCGUAGCUCUCUUUGAGCAAUAUGGGGACAUAAGGACAAUGUAUACUGCUUGUAAGCAUAGGGGCUUUGUCAUGAUAUCUUAUUAUGAUAUCCGUGCUGCUCGAACAGCUAUUCGGGCGUUACAAAACAAGCCACUCCGAAGGAGGAAACUCGAUAUUCACUUCUCAAUUCCCAAGGAUAAUCCAUCAGAGAAAGAUCUGAAUCAGGGGACAUUGGUAGUUUUUAACCUGGAUCCUUCAGUUUCAAACGAUGACCUUCAUCGAAUUUUUGGUGCUCAUGGCGAGAUCAAAGAGAUAAGGGAAACACCGCAUAAAAGGCACCACAAAUUCAUAGAGUUUUAUGAUGUAAGAGCUGCUGAAGCAGCACUCAAGGCAUUGAAUAGGUGUGAGAUUGCAGGGAAACGUAUAAAAGUCGAACCCAGUCGUCCUGGAGGAGCUCGCCGAAACUUGAUGUUGCAACUUAACCAAGAACUCGAACAUGAUGAUUUGCACAGUUACCGACAUCUGGUUGGCUCACCGAUGGCCAAUUCUCCUCCAGGCAACUGGUUGCAACUGAACAGUCCUGUUGAGUGUAGUCCUCUCCAAAACGGGGUUAGUAAGUCACCGGUUUUUGGAACCGGAAGCCCUACGAGGAGCAGCCACUUGUCUGGUUUGGCUUCUGUUCUAAAUCCUCAAGGACCGAGCUUGAAGCUUGCACCUAUUGGCCGGGAGCAAGGAAAGUUUGGUCAUAUCGGUAGCAACGUGUUUCAAGAGCCAAAGUCGGAUCAUUACAUUGGAAAUAUCUCUUCUGUUGGUUCUUCGACGGGAAAUGGAGGUGGUAUCGAGACAUUGUCUGGAUCAGAGUUUUUGUGGGGAAGCCCUAACUCACGGUCAGAACUUUCAAGCUCCUCACUUUGGUCAAAAUCAUCUAUCGGUCAUCCAUUUUCCUCGGAAAGUAAAGGUCAUGGAUUUACGUAUGCAUCUCGAUUAGAACGGUCUGUUGGAUCCCCGCAUCAACAUCACAACCAUCAUCUCCAUGUUGGGUCUGCACCAUCUGGUGUUCCUCUAGAAAAGCAUUUUGGAUUCUUUCCGGAAUCUUCAAGAGAUACUUUGUUCAUGAACACCGUUGGGUUUCAAGGAACGGGAAGCAUGGGUCUCAAUGGUGGAAGUUUCCCGUCAAAGCUUGCAAAUAACGGGAUUAUUAACCCGAGAAGCAUGGCCGAAAAUGGGUUUUCAAGUUUCAGAAUGAUGUCAUUGCCUAGACUUGGUCCUGUCCUCUUAAACAAUGGUCUUCACCCUGGAAGGUUCCCCUCGGGAUUUGAGGGGUUCUCUGAAAACGGAAGGCCCAGAAGAACUGAGAGUAAUGCGGGCCAGGUAGAAAACAGGAAGCAGUUUCAACUUGAUUUGGAAAAAAUUAUUAGUGGAGAGGAUAGUCGGACUACCUUGAUGAUAAAAAACAUCCCGAAUAAAUACACCUCCAAGAUGUUGCUAGCGGCUAUUGACGAAAAGAACAAAGGAACGUACGACUUUCUUUACUUGCCGAUAGAUUUUAAGAACAAAUGCAACGUGGGCUAUGCCUUCAUUAACAUGCUCUCUCCAAAUCUCAUCAUUCCAUUCUAUGAGGCUUUUAAUGGGAAGAAGUGGGAAAAGUUUAACAGCGAGAAAGUAGCCUCUUUGGCAUAUGCUCGGAUACAGGGGAAAACCGCCCUGAUAGCACAUUUUCAGAACUCAAGCUUGAUGAAUGAAGACACUCGCUGCCGUCCUAUUGUCUUUGAUUUCCCUAACAGUUCGGAAUCUAGUGAACAGGGAAACCUGCAAUCUCGGAGCGGAGAUGAUGACGUGGGAGAUGAGAACUAACGCCCGAGAAGAACGCUGUUGUUGUUGUUGUUAUUGCUGUUGGUGCGUCCCAUCUUUACCCAGCUAAUUUAACCGUACAUAUUCAAGUGUUCAAGUUUAAGCCGAGGGGCAAAAGUCACCGGCCGAGGCGCCACAAGUGUUUUCCAGAUUUGCAGGCUUGAUGUUGCAGCUGAAACAUUCUCAGUGUUCUCUCUGUUUAUUUUUUGGUCCAAUCGUACAUAUGUAGCCAUUUUCAGAAAUACCCUGUUUUAUGUGGGUAUGAGUAAUCACUGCUCAGACUAUGUUGUGACUUUGUGCAAAAGGGUUUUGCAAUUUGUACAGUGAGACGAAGUCUCGAGACUUUUUACCGUACUUUCUGUGCAAAGGCUGCUCCUUUUUGUUAUUAUGAUACUGUGAAAUUCUCUC